AUGCCUNGGGGGCAUCUCCGCUGUCUACGAAUCAUAUGCAGAAAUCCUGAUACUAUAUCCCAGAUAUCAGCCUUGCUAUCCCCUUUAAUUCAACUUGUAAAGACAGGAUUUACAAAGGCAGUACAACGUCUAGAUGGGAUAUAUGCUCUACUGACCGUUUCCAAAAUUGCUGCCUGUGACAUCAAAGCAGAGGAUACUGUGGUGAAGGAGAAAUUAUGGACUUUGAUAUCUCUAAAUGAGCCUUCACUUGUGCAAAUUAGUUUGGCCUCAAAACUUUCGAGUGAAGAUUGUGUAGUAUGUGUUGAGCUUCUUGAGGUGCUCCUCGUGGAACAUUCCUCCAGGGUUUUGGAAGCAUUUUCACUGAAAUCACUAUCAAAGUUGCUUCUAUUUCUACUUUGCCAUCCGAGCUGGAAUGUUCGUAAAACAGCUUACAAUUCUGUGACAAAGAUCUUUCUCGCAAGUUCACAGCUAGCCACUACUCUUUUAGACGAGUUCUCGGACUUUCUUUCCAUAACUGGGGACCAAAUCGUUUCUCCUAGAACCAGUGACGCAGAAAAUCCUGUGGAUCAUCAAGCUCCUUUCGUUCCUUCUGUAGAGGUGUUAGUGAAGGCUUUAAUUGUCAUAUCAUCGGCAGCAGUUACUGGACCUCCAAGCUCAUGGAUUGUUCGUAGCAUAUUUUGCUCGCAUCAUCCAAGCAUAGUUGGGACUGCAAAAAGAGACGCUGUCUGGAAGAGAUUGCAAAAGUGUCUCAAAACUUGUGGUUUUGAUGUUGCUACUUUUUUGUCUACCAAUGGAAGAAGUGUUUGCAAGUCAGUAGCUGAAGCAGCAGAUGAUAUAUGGUCCCGUUAUGGAUAUGAUUUGGGGAUUGAUUAUUCAGGAAUCUUUAAAGCACUUUCUCAUACAAAUCUCAAUGUCCGAUUAGCUGCAGCAGAAGCAUUGGCUGAUGCUCUUCAUGAAAGCCCGGCAUCAAUCCAGCUAUCUCUUUCAACUUUAUUUUCUCUGUACAUCCGUGAUGCUACGUCUGGUGAGGAUGUCUUUGAUGCUGGUUGGAUAGGAAGGCAAGGAAUAGCCUUAGCACUGCAAUCUGCUGCCGAUGUAUUGACAACAAAGGACCUUCCUGCUGUUAUGACAUUUUUAAUAUCCCGUGCGCUGGUAUGUCUUCUCCUCUUGUCAGAUGAAUGUUUGUCAAAUGAAAGAAAUCUCCCCUUUCUUAGCCAUGCCUCAACACGGGAAAAUGUUCACAGGAUACAAAAAAGUCUUUCGUUGGUACUCCAUGCUCUUGGGGAGAUGGGUCUUGCUAAUCCUGUGUUUUGUCACAGCCAGUUACCUUUUUUGGCUACCUUUUUGGAUCCAUUGCUGCGAUCACCUAUCGUAAGUGCUACAGCCUUUGAAAACUUGGUGAAGCUAGCAAGGUGUACAGUUCAGCCACUGUGUAAUUGGGCUCUAGAAAUUUCAACUGCUCUGCGGUUGAUCGCGAUUGAUGAAGUUGAUACUUCAUCUGAUUUUCGUCCAUCAGUUGAUAAGGCUGGGAAAACAGAUGAGGGUCUUUUUGAGAGGAUUAUAAACGGGUUAUCCAUAUCUUGCAAACCCGGACCACUUCCUGUAGAUACCUUCACAUUCAUUUUCCCGAUACUGGAGCGAAUUUUACUGUCAUCAAAGCGGACAAAACUUCAUGAUGAUGUGCUUCAUAUUCUGUGCAUGCAUCUAGAUCCGAUGCUGCCACUUCCAAGACUCCGGAUGAUAUCAGUUUGGUGA